AUGAUCUUCCAAACAUCCAUCAUGGUCUUCUUGGCCCAUAUCUUUUUGCUGCUUGGUCUUCCGACUGCCCUGGUUGGCGCCUCUCCGAUGACCCCAAACACCAAAGAACUCGCAGUCACCGAGCCAGCGGCCUCAAGCUACUGGGUCGGCAGUAUCAAACGCCAAGGUGUCGCUCCUUUCAACAGCAACGCCGACUAUCAGGUCUUCCGUAACGUCAAGGAGUUCGGUGCUAAAGGUGAUGGCUCGACCGAUGAUACUGCUGCCAUCAACAAGGCCAUUUCGUCCGGUGGACGUUGCGGCAAAGGCUGUGAUUCGUCAACUACUACUCCUGCCCUUGUCUACUUCCCCCCCGGUACCUAUGUUGUUUCCAAGCCUAUUGUUCAGUAUUACUACACCCAGAUCGUCGGUGAUGCCGCCGAGCUACCUGUGAUCAAGGCCUCCGCUGCCUUCGCUGGAAUGGCAGUCAUUGAUGCCGACCCAUACGAGGACAAUGGCGACAACUGGUUUACCAACCAGAACAACUUCUUCCGUGCCAUUCGCAACUUGGUCAUUGAUCUGACCGCGGUUCCCAAGGGUUCCGGUGCUGGUAUCCACUGGCAGGUUGGUCAAGCCACCAGCUUGCAGAACAUUCGUUUCGAGAUGGUCAAGGGUGGUGGUGCUGCCAACAAGCAGCAGGGUAUCUUCAUGGACAACGGCUCUGGUGGUUUCAUGUCCGACCUUACCUUCAACGGCGGUAACUACGGAAUGUUCCUCGGCAACCAGCAGUUCACCACUCGCAACCUGAAAUUCAACGGCUGCCAGACUGCGAUCUUCAUGAACUGGAACUGGGCCUGGACCUUCAAGUCUCUCGACAUCAACAACUGUGAGGUUGGUCUUAACAUGUCCAACUCUCCCAGCAACCAGACUGUUGGCUCCGUCAUGAUGCUCGACAGUAAGCUCACCAACACUCCCACUGGUAUCGUCACUGCUUGGAACAAGGAGAGUGUCCCCAUUGGCGGUGGCACUCUCGUUCUGCAAAAUGUCGACUUCUCUGGCUCCAAGGUCGCUGUUACCGGCGUCGAUGGCGACUCUAUCCUCGCUGGCGGCGAUGUUGUCAAGAAUUGGGUUCAGGGCAACACCUACUCCCCAUCCUCUGCCAGCAAGCGUGCUACUCAGCCUGAGACUGACGACGAGGAAGUCAUCACUGUCACCAAGACCGUCAUGCACACUGUCAGCGCCUGUGCCGCUUCUACUGAUGGCCUUGCCAGCACUCUUGCUUCGAACGAGGCGCCGUCAUCGGUUGAGACUUCCCCCGCUGUUAGCAAUGGCCAGGCUACUCCUGCUUUGCCCUCUAGUACUGAUAGUGGCGAGCGCACCGUCGCUACGGGUGGCCUUCCAGACACUAUCAACAGUGUCCUGUCUGUCUUUGUUGGAUCUACUGGCACCUACGAGCUCCCUGCCUCGACUCCCGAAGCUGCCACUGAUGCCACCCCUGCCGUCGUUGCCUCCAGCCAGGUUCCCACCGAGCAAGAGACCACUGUUUCCGAGGUCCCUGUCGUCCAAUCGACCCCCGCCGUCGUCGCUUCCGGCUCCGGUUCCGGUUCUGGUUCGGGCUCUGGUUCGGGCUCAGGCUCGGGUACCACCAGCUCCCUCCUUUCCCAGGGCACUAGCUCGAGCUCGUCUGGAUCUGGAUCUAGCAGUGGAUCCGGCACCUGCAGCUCCGAGCAGAGUGUCUCGAAGGGCCGAACUCAGGGUACCCUCAAGUCCUCCACUAUGCCGGAUGGCCUCCUUGAUGGCGGUGCUGUCUUCGAGCGCUCCAAGCCUUUGUACGAGGAUGUUCCUGCUUCUUCUUUCAUCAGUGUCAAGUCUGCCGGAGCCAAGGGUGAUGGCUCUACUGAUGAUACCAAGGCCAUCCAGAAGGUCCUUGAUAGUGCUACUUCUGACCAGGUUGUCUACUUCGACCACGGCGCCUAUGUUAUCACCUCUACCAUCAAGAUCCCUAAGAACGUCCGCAUCACUGGUGAAAUCUGGCCCAUGCUCAUGGCUCACGGUGCCAAGUUCCAAGACCAGAAGAACCCGGUCCCUCUUUUCCAAGUUGGCCAGAAGGGCGAGUCUGGUUCCAUUGAGAUGAGCGACCUCAUCAUCACCACCAAGGGCGCCGCUCCUGGUGCUAUCUUGAUGGAAUGGAACCUUGGUGCUUCUUCCCAGGGAUCUGCUGGUAUGUGGGAUGUUCACUUCCGCAUUGGUGGUGCCGCUGGUACUGGUCUCCAGAGUGAUACCUGCAAGAAGACUCCUUCGGUCAAGACUACCCCCAAGGAAGAGUGCAUGGCCGCUUUCAUGCUUCUGCACGUUACUGAGAAGGCCAGCGCCUAUCUCGAGAACAACUGGUACUGGACCGCCGAUCACGAGCUUGACCGUUCCGACCACUCUCAGAUCAACAUCUACACUGGCCGUGGUGUGCUCAUUGAGUCGCAAAGCCCCGUCUGGCUGUGGGGUACAUCUUCUGAGCACCACCAGCUUUACAACUACCAGGUCUCCAGCGCUAAGAAUACCUUUAUGGGUCUCAUUCAGACUGAAACCCCUUACUACCAGUCCAACCCCACUGCUCUGGUUCCCUACACUCCCCAGUCCUCCUGGAACGACCCUGACUUCUCUACCUGCAAGACCGCCUCCUGCCGCAAGUCCUGGGGUCUCCGUGUCCUCGAUUCGUCCGAUCUUUUCAUCUACGGUGCCGGUCUGUACAGCUUCUUCGAGAACUACGCGCAGUCCUGCCUAAACUCCGAGGACUGCCAGGAGAACAUGGUCGAGGUUGACUGCUCCGACGUUCACAUUUAUGGUCUCAGCACCAAGGCCUCCGUCAACAUGGUCACCUCUUCCCAGGGCAAGAGCAUGGUGCCAGAGGCCGAAAAUACGAGCAACUACUGCUCGACAAUUGCUCUCUUCGAGCAGUCUGUCUAG